ACAGCCAGUCUUCCGCUAAUGAGGCUUUUAUUUUGAAUGUGGUGACCGGAAGCUGUGUCAGUAACUGUCUAGUAUUGACCCUGUUCGGGCCACAGUGGAUUCAGAUCCCAACGCUUGGCUGACUUCAGGACACUAACGUUAGCUCCCGCUACAUGUAUGUUAAUAAAAACACAGAAGGAACAGUGGAAUUGAACACACAUGGAUCCCAACCGGAUAAUCCAGGCUCUGAAAGGGACCAUCGACCCGAAUUUGAGGAUCGCAGCGGAGAAUGAGCUUAAUCAGUCCUACAAGAUCAUCAACUUUGCACCGACACUGCUUCAGAUCAUUGUGUCGGAGCAGGUGGAGUUUCCUGUUCGUCAGGCAGCGGCGAUAUACCUGAAGAACAUGGUUAGUCAGUACUGGCAGGACAGGGAGCCGUCUCUGGGUGAGGUUGUCUUUCCCUUCAACAUCCAUGAAAAUGACCGGCAGCAGAUCAGAGACCACAUUGUGGAGGGCAUCAUUCGCUGUCCAGAGUCCAUACGCGCCCAGCUGACCAUGUGUCUGCGAGCCAUAAUCAAGCAUGACUUCCCUGGACGCUGGACUGCCAUUGUGGACAAGAUCGGCAUGUACCUGCAGUCUCAGAACAGCGGCAGCUGGUAUGGCAGCCUGCUUGCUCUCUACCAGCUGGUCAAAACCUACGAGUACAGGAAGGCAGAUGAGAGGGAGCCGUUGCUGGCAGCCAUGCAGAUCUUCCUGCCGAGGAUCCAACAGCUGAUCAGCCAGCUUCUGGCUGAUGCCACCAUCUUCUCUGUCCUCAUCCAGAAACAUAUCCUCAAGAUCUUCCAUGCUCUUGUGCAGUACUCGCUGCCUCUUCAACUGAUCAACAACACAGUGAUGACUCAGUGGAUGGAAAUUCUACGAGACAUAAUGGACCGAGACGUCCCUGCUGAGACGCUGGAGGUAGAUGAGGACGACCGUCCUGAGCUGGCAUGGUGGAAGUGUAAAAAGUGGUCACUGCGCAUCAUCACCAGACUGUUUGAGCGGUAUGGAAGUCCUGGUAAUGUGACAAAGGAAUACUACGAGUUUGCAGACUUUUUCCUGAAGACAUAUGCAGUGGGUAUACAGCAGGUCCUGCUGAAAGUGGUGGAUCAGCACCGACAGAGGCAGUACGUGACUCCUCGUGUCCUGCAGCAGUGCCUCAACUACCUCAACCAGGGCUUGUUGCACUCCCUGACCUGGAAACAGAUGAAACCACACAUACAGACCAUAUGUCAAGAGGUCAUCUUCCCCCUCAUGUGUUACAAAGACGAGGAUGAGAAGCUGUGGCAGGAAGACCCCUAUGAGUACAUCCGCAUGAAGUUUAACCUCUAUGACGACCACGCCCUCCCAGCCACAGCUGCUCAGAGCCUCCUGUGUAAAGCUUCCCGCAAAAGGAAGGAGGUUCUUCCUCAGAUGAUGGAGUUCUGCCACCAGAUGCUGAUGGACCCCUCUGCUGACCCCCGCAGGAAGGACGGAGCACUGCACUGUAUUGGUGCUCUGGCUGAGCUUCUACUGAGGAAGAGAAUGUACAGAGAGCAGAUGGAGCUGAUGCUGCAGAACUAUGUCUUCCCUUUGCUCAACUCUCCUAUGGGUUACCUGCGAGCCAGAUCAUGCUGGGUGCUCCACUGCUUCAGUCCACUGCGUUUCCAUGAUGAGCUGGUGCUGAGGAACGCUGUCGAGUUGGUCAAACAGGAUCUAAUCGAGGACAAAGAGAUGCCCGUCAAGGUGGAGGCCUCCAUAGCUCUGCAGACGCUGGUCAGCAACCAGGAACAAGCCAAGCUGUACAUCAGGCCAUACAUCCGGCCAGUCAUGCAGGAGCUGCUGCAUGUGGUGAAAGAGACGGAGAAUGAUGAUUUGACCAAUGUCAUUCAGAAGAUGAUCUGUGAGUACAACCACGAGGUGGCUGCCAUCGCUGUGGACAUGACGCAGAACCUGGCGGAUAUCUUCACCAGGGUCCUGCAGAGUGAGGAGUAUGAGGAGAACGAGGACAAGACUGUCAUGGCUCUUGGCAUCCUGAGCACCAUCGACACCAUCCUCACUGUCAUGGAGGACCAUAAGGAGAUCACGCAGCAGCUGGAGGGGAUCUGUUUGCAGGUGAUCGGCCUGGUCUUGCAGAAGCCCAUCAUAGAAUUUUAUGAGGAGAUCCUGUCGCUAGCGUUCGGCCUUACCUGUCAGACCAUCUCCCCCCAGAUGUGGCAGCUGCUGGGCGUCCUGUACGAGGUCUUCCAGCACGACUGCUUCGAUUACUUCACAGAUAUGAUGCCUCUUCUGCACAACUACGUUACAGUGGAUACAGACAUGCUCUUGUCCAACCCAAAGCACCUAGAGGUCAUCUACAGCAUGUGCAAAAAGGUGCUGACCAUAGAUGCAGGUGAGGACGCAGAGUGUCAUGCUGCCAAACUGUUGGAGGUCAUCAUCCUGCAGUGCAGAGGCAGAGGCAUUGACCAGUGCAUACCUCUGUUUGUGGAGGCAGUGCUGGAGCGUUUGAUGAGGGGGGUGAAGUCCAGCGAGCUGAGAACCAUGUGUCUGCAGGUGGCCAUCGCUGCUCUGUACUACAACCCAGUCCUGCUCAUCCACACUCUGGACAACAUGCACUUUCCACACAACCCGCAGCCCAUUACUGCCCACUUCAUCAACCAGUGGAUAAAUGACACAGAGUUCUUCCUUGGGCUCCAUGACCGCAAGAUGUGUAUUAUCGGCCUGAGCGUGCUGAUGGAGCUGCCCAGCCGACCGGCAGUCCUUGAGGGAAUUGCCACCCAGAUCAUCCCCUCCAUCCUGCUCCUUUUCCUGGGCCUCAAACACCUCUAUGCCUCCCGUCUCAUCAACAAGCCAGACCUGCUGGCCCGCGCAGGGCCUCAGGAUGAAGACCAGAAUGAGGAGAUUCCAAGUGAUGAAGAUGAGGUGAAUGAGAACCGAAAUGCCAUGCAGCAGCAGACCAGCACGCCGACAGGCCAGGGCGGCGAGGACGAUGAUGAAGAUGAAGAUGACUACUGGGAUGAUGAUGGCUUUGAGGGAACACCCCUGGAAGAGUACAGCACGCCUCUCGACUAUGACAAUGGAGAGGACGAGUAUCAGUUCUUCACCUCAGCCCUGCUCAGAGUCCAGAACACCGAUGCAGUCUGGUACCAGAGUCUGAUGGCUCCGCUCAGUGACGACCAGAAGAAACAGCUGCAGGAGAUCUACAGCAUCUCACAGCAGAGGAGGAGCACUGCCGCCAAGGGCCAAUGAACACUGAGGAGUCAGAUGAACUGCAGAGUCAGAGGAAGGGGAUGAAGAAGAGAGCAGCUGGUCUGACCUGAAUUGACGUUAAUU